UCACUGCCGCCUCCUCCUGCCACGUGCCGGGGACCGCAGAUGGCACCAGGAGGUGUCAGCUCUGGGUGGGCACGGGCAGGUGGCUCAGGACCUGCACUUGCCGCUCGGAGGAGCUUCCCCUUGGCUUUGGCCGUGCUGGGCUCCUCGCCCUGAGCUCGAGGACUGCGGUCAGCGAAGCGUUUGUGUUUCAUUCCCAGCGUUUGUGUUUCGCUCUGGGUGGCAGCAGUGUGGCAGACCGCAGCUCAGCGGGACCGCGUGCAGCAUCGCCGGGGAAGAGGCUCUCCUAACCCCAACCACACUGUGCUGGUUGUGCUUUCCAGCAAAAUCCCAGCACGGGGAGAACGGGAUCUCUCCAUGUGGACAGGGAAGCUCUGUGCCCAAGGGAGGAGACAGAGAAACUGUUGGAAAUGUGGUACGGAUGGCACGAGCUGCAGCCAAACUCAGCUUAAACACAGCCUGCAGCCGGGUGGUGGGUGAUGGCAGAGUACACAACACCACGUUCGGUGGUAUCCAUGGGAGAUGCCCCUCUCUGGGCUCAAUGCCCCUGCUGUGUUGGGCUGUGCUUCUGUUCCUGGAGUCUGCUUCCCAAGAACUGCCUCCUGAGAUGCUUCUCUGGGGCUCUGGUUGCUUGAAACAGAAGCAGAAGCCCUGGCCAGGAGCAGGGCGUGCAGAGCUGUGGGUCUGCCUGCUGUCACCAACCCUGCAUGACGCACGCAGACCCAGUGGCCAAACGCACCCUUUCUGCACGCCCCUCCCCAAAGACCCUCUCACCCAGAACACCUUGCCCAGCCGUGCUGGGUGCCCACCCAAACCCCCAUCCUAAAGGGGCUGCCGCGGCUCUCAUGCUGUGAUCAGAGCACGCAUUCCACCCAGCCCAGCUGCUGCGUGCUCUUAACGAACACUGAGACCCAUGUGGGGUGACCACCUCUCAUGCCUCACAGAGGAUGCUCGCUGGGGGCCGCAGGUUUGCAGCCCCCCCAAGAAGGUCCCUGCCCCACAGGCAGCCUGACAGCAGCAGCCCGGAGCCAAACAUCUUUUACCAAUCACGGCGCAUAGCUCGCAUUCUCGGCUGGUUUAUGAGCGUUUCAUCUCCUCGUAUUGAUCAGGGCUGGAGCCGAAGUAAUUACGUUCAUCAGAAAUAAUUUCCCCUGAUUUUGAGUCAUAUUUGAGUGGGUGCCCACCUCCCCCGCUCACCCCUGUCGGCACAGCAGCUCUCUACUCCCUGGUACAUACUUUCCGGGCGACAUCGCUGCUUUCAUAACCAUGGUGAGACCUGGAGGCUUGUUUUUCUCAGCUGGAUCCCACACACACACUGAAGGUUUCAGCUGUGCUGUUAUGGACUUGGCUGGGGACACGGACAGGAGGAGCUGGUUGAUGGGAAGCACACGUCUGGGAGAUGGCUCUGGCACUGGGAAGGGGAAGCUGGGAGCGGGGACCCUCUGCAGCACACCCCACCUAGACAAGGGCUGGAGAACAGAGCUUAUUUCAGCCUUAAACCACGUGAAAAACAGGGGUAGACAAAAAGAAUGAGCAAUGCGAUCAGGAAACACGAGUUAGCCCCGUGGAAAAUACUGAGGGUCUGGAACCAUGAGGUCAGGGUCUGGGUUUAUAUCUUGUCUGGGAGACAGAACUUCCAGUGAGACUGCAAAAGAAGCCUAUGUUUGGAGAUGCUUUGUACCAAAAAUAACCUCUCCGAGGCUCACAACACUCGAUACGUGAUGAUUCCUGACACUGUUUUCCAAAUAAUAAUGGGAAGAUUCAUCUGCCUGAGGCUUCCAGGCUCCAUCUUACAAAAUUCUUACUCUUCGGGUUAUCUGAAUGUUUAACUUAUGGGGACAGUUACGGAUGGCUCUCGUCUGGGCUUCAGCAGAGUCACUCUGAAUUGCUGCCCAUGUUUUGCGAUACCUAUUAAGAAGCAGCGUUGGCCCUUCACAACACAGCUGGAUGUUGUAGUGAUAAACCCCUCAAGUCUGAAUUAUGACCUUCUCCAUGAUUUUGGCUAACAGAGCCCAUUCUCAGUCGCCACAGCCCAUCGACUCCCCAGUGCAACCUCAGCUCCCUCCUCUCUGCAGGCUGUGAGUGGGACGGCCACCGCCACACAGCCCCACUUGUGGGGGUCCUCUGUGCCCAUCCCCAGCCCCCCCAUGGCAGCCCACAGAGGUCAGCGGUCCCAGCUGGAACCGAGGCUUUCUGGUGCCGCUGCCUGACCGUCAGGAGCUGGACGGCAGCCCGGAAUUCUUUUCUCACAAGUCACUUGGAUGGCCACCAGAUGGUAAAUACUUUUAGUCUAUCCUCGCCUGGGCUUGGGGUGGAUGCGGUGACCUCGAGGUAGAGGACUGCAUGGCUGCCCCUCACCGCGGCUGGUGGUCCCCCAGGGGAUGGAAGUGGCAGCCAUAAGCAGCCCUUUUAACCUCAGGGCUCCUGGCUGUCCUGAGCCGUCAGUAAGGAAAGGAAGAGGCUCAAGCGAAGGGGAGCGAUGGAGGGAGGGCAAGGUGUACGGCCAUUGCAGAGGGAUGCGAGUUCAGAUGAACAGGGAGAACAAAUGAGAGACUGGCAGUGCUGCUCACCAUGGCGUGUUAAAUGGCUCAGCUGCGAAGAUACACGGCUGCCUAAAAAAGUCAGUUUGCUGAUUGGGUUCCUUUAUUUCUAUAGAAACAGCAGAGCUUCCCAGGAGAUGUAUUUAGAUCCUUGCACCAACUGUUUUCUUGCACAACUGACCACAAAAAAAGAAACAACAAACCUGACAGUGAUACCACGGGAACCACAGGGCACAAACUGUGGGAUGAAUCCCAGCCAUGAAAUGACACGUGUGGUACAGAACACAUAUGGGGUACGUGGUGAGUCCAAAUCCACACUGUGUGCAUCCAACCCUGCACCCGCCUGCGUGCUGUCCUGCUGGGGGCUGCACAUUGCUCUCCUGCUCUUGCUGUGCCAUAGGAGCCAAGGAAAGAAGAGCACAUUUGGCACCCGCAGAGCUUGCCUGGCCAGUCCUGCACACUGGCAAGCAAAAGUGAAUCCCACAGAGCAGAGGGGCAGCAUCCUGCCCUCAGCUUUGGGAUUCCGUGCACUGUGGGUGACAUAUCCCUCUCCCAUAGCCGUGCCCUGGGGCAGUGUUAAAUACGGAGCUGGGUUCCCAGCCCUGCUCAGUCUUGGCAGUGUCCCAGGCUGGAUGUCAGGGGAACAGCCCCCCCUGCCCAUUCGCAGCCCAGCAGAGAGGUGCUGGCUCUGUCUGGCAGCCCAUGCUCGGCAGCCCCCCUCUGCCAUGCCCGUGCCAUUGGGGAUGUGUCCCUUGUCCCUUCCCUUCUCUUGCUCUCCCAGCAGACAGCACGCUCUCACCUUGAGGGGAGUGGAAAUGUCAGCUGGAAUGUGGGCUGGAAAAAAAAGAAAGCAAAUCUUGAGGCUCGUCCAAACCUACUCCUGUUUAUAUUGGAGCCUGGGAGUGACAUCAGAGCGGGGAGAGUAUAAACACCAGCAGGACCCACUCGGGGCUUUAAAGCCUGCAAACAUGAGGCUCCGGCUGGAGAAGCAGCUCCUCAUCCUCUCCCUGCUCUGCAUCCUCUCCAAGGUGUGCUCCCAGCUGUGCCGACGGCCGUGCUACUGCUCCCAGAUGCUGCCCCGCUGCCCACGCGGGUCCCCCCUGGUCCUGGAUGGCUGUGGCUGCUGCAGGAUCUGCGCCCGGCGCCUGGGAGAGCCCUGCGACUUUUUGCAUGUCUGCGACCGCAGCCAGGGGCUCAUCUGUGACUACAGCUCGGGGACAGGAGGCACCUGCAACUUUGAAGACAAUGAGGAGGGCUGUGAGGUGAAUGGGCGGCUGUACCGUGAUGGGGAGGUGUUCCAGCCCAGCUGCAAGCUGCAGUGCCGCUGCCUGGAUGGGGGCUUCACCUGCGUUCCACUCUGCCAGGAGGACGUCCGCCUGCCCACUCCAGACUGCCCCCACCCACGGCGUGUGGACAUCCCAGGGAAGUGCUGCCCUGAGUGGGUCUGCGAGGCCGGAGAGCAGCACCUCCUGCAGAGCACUGGGGCAGCCCGUGCAGUGCCGUACCCCUGCCAGCCGUGGGGCACAGAGUGGAGCGCCUGCUCGGCCACCUGCGGCGUGGGCUUCUCCACCCGCGUCUCCAACCAGAACCCCUACUGCCAGCUGGAGACACAGCGGCGGCUCUGCGUGCUCAGGCCCUGCCUGGCUCUGCCAGUGGCAUCCCCUGCGGUAAGCGAUGGUGAUGCCGACACCUCCAGGCAGCAGCUUGGAGUGGAAAUGGGACAUCCCAGCCAACAGCCCGUGCACUCCCCAUCAGCCCCCCAGCCAUGAGCAUCCGCUGUCCCCACAUCGCUCCGCUUUGCCUUUCCAGAGGGGAUGAGGAGGGUGUUUGCAGCCGUGCCCACCCUGGUUGUGUCCCGGAGCCAAUGUCCCGGCACAGAGGCUGGCACACGUCUGUGACACCGUGGUUUUGGAGGAGAUGGAAGACAUGUCCCUUGGGAAUCUGGGGAAGAACCGAUGGACUUCAGCUGCAGAGGAGGGUGGAAAUAGAGAACAAGAUCCCUACAACAUGCCUGUGUACUCUGCUGCCCCGGGCAGGGUUGCUGGGCAGCAGCGCCCAGUUGUAAGAGAUGGGGAAACCUUGCCCCAAGCACAAACCCACCUGAGAAAAGGGGACGUGGUCCUUUCCUGGAUCGGAGAGGCUUUUGGGAAGGGCUGAGCGAUGCUGCUGUGCCAAGCACCACACACACAGCUCUGCUCUGCAGAAUUAGCUCGCUAGCGGGAUGCCCCAUGUCCCCCACCCUGGGGGUGAGGGCUCACUGUCCCACCACACCCGGGCACGGCAGAGGUGUUUUCCUGGAGGCAGCUCCCAUCCACCUUCCCCACAUCCCUCCAGGACAAACAGAGCUCCCUGCUCCUCCUGGCCGCCCGCUCUCCAAAGCCCAGCGGUUUGGCAGGGCUCUGGCAGGCGAGCAGCUCAGACGGAGGAGGCACCAGACAUACCACCCCGCAUCCAAGCGCAUACCCCAAAAACUAAGGCCAGCAGAAAGGCAGGAGACGGGAAAACAAACAGCAGCGAUGAGCCCGACGGGCUGGAGCUGCUCCAAAGCGCAGAGCUGCGCAGGGGAGCAGAGCGGCGGUGAACGUUCAGGGGCCGUUCAGAAACGAAACCCAGAUGCCCUCUAACGGCCUCGCAGCGAUGCGCAGAGCGGGGCGAGAAGGGCGGCGAGCAGAGCAGGCGGGACCGUGCAUCUGAGCUGCGCGCCCCUGCAAUCAAAGCGCUGCGAACGUGAUUGCAGCGCGUUACCCUGGCUUGAGCAGCAGCAGAGCCCAGCAGGUGCUGGAAAUAAAUCAGUGUGAAGGGUGUUGUCACCUCUCUGGGGGAAAAAAUAAAGGAGAAAAUAGAAAAAAAAAAAAGGAGCCUUGCUGCUCAUGCAGUAAUACACCGUUUACAAAGAGAACUAUUUACUGACACCAACCAUUCAAUCAGUGGGACGGAGGGGAUGCAGGAGCCCCCAGCAGGCAGAAUGCAGCAUGGAGGAGCCGGCACCAUUGGCUUUCCUGCCUCUGUGGUGGCUGUGCCAAAAACAGCAGUGAUGUGAGGCUCACAGAGGCUUUAGAACCUACAGUGUUCCUCUGUUGACACGGGUGAGGCACGACCAGCGCACCAAACAUCCUGGGUUCAAGGAGGUUCUGGUUUCCUUCUGCUGAGACGUGGCCCCCCGUGCUGGCUCGGCCCAUCCCAGCCGCCUAAAGGUGAAAUCCUAAAGGUCACGUUUUAAGCAGCAACCUGCAAUCUGUAUCUCAAACAGAAAUGACUCAACGCA